UCGCCGGCCGGUAAUUUUGUGUACGUGGUCGAUUAGUAGAAGCUUCGAUUAGUUGAUCAAGUUCACGUAGUUUGCCCGUCUAGUAUGAGAUCGUUACAUUUUCGUUGAAACGACAUGAUCGUUAAUUGUACGCCUGACAUCAUUCGUUUCACGCUUUCGUGAGGUAAAUUAUAUGAAAUUGGUGCUUCAAUUAUUUGAGAAAGCAGAAUCUCCAUAGCCCUGUCGAUAUGGCUGUGUUGAUGAAGACGAAAGGUCUGCGUAUGUCUGCACAGAAGCAGGAAACCCUUUUAAAGUUAACUGUGUUAUCUCUUGCAGCGAUUUUGUCUUUUGCAACAAGGUUGUUCUCUGUCUUGAGAUUUGAAAGUGUCAUCCAUGAGUUCGAUCCAUAUUUUAAUUAUCGCACAACAAAGUAUCUAGCAGAGAAUGGGUUUUAUAGUUUUCACAAUUGGUUCGAUGAUCGUGUUUGGUACCCUCUUGGGAGAAUAAUUGGAGGAACAAUAUAUCCUGGAUUGAUGAUAACAUCAGCAGCAUUAUACCGUCUUUCAUGGUUACUAAACAUUACCUUAGAUAUACGUACUAUUUGCGUCUUCCUUGCUCCAUUGUUUUCUAGUUUGACGACAAUUAUUACUUACUUACUUACCAAAGAGCUGAAGGAUUCUGCGUCGGGAUUGUUCGCCGCAGCUAUGAUAGCAAUUGUUCCUGGUUAUAUAUCACGAUCAGUGGCAGGGUCUUAUGAUAACGAAGGCAUAGCUAUUUUUUGUAUGUUAUUUACGUAUUACAUGUGGAUCAAAGCAGUUAAAACUGGUGCAAUUUGUUGGGCAACCUGUGCUGCUCUUGCAUAUUUUUAUAUGGUGUCUUCUUGGGGUGGCUACGUAUUCCUGAUUAACUUGAUUCCUUUACACGUGUUGACCUUAAUGGUAACUGGCAGAUUUUCUCAUAGAAUAUACAUUGCGUACAGUAUUCUGUAUUGCUUAGGGACAAUUUUGUCUAUGCAAAUAUCCUUUGUUGGUUUUCAACCUGUGCAGAGCUCCGAACAUAUGCUUGCAUUAGGAGUUUUUGGACUUUGCCAGAUUCACGCCUUGGUUGAUUAUCUGCGUAGUAAAAUGUCGCAGGAUGACUUUGAAAUAUUAUUCCGUGGUCUUGUUAUUUCUAUAGUUACUAUUUCGUUUGUACUAGGUGUCAUUUUAACUAUUACAGGAAAAAUAUCUCCAUGGACUGGUCGUUUUUACUCUCUUUUGGACCCGUCCUAUGCGAAGAAUCACAUACCGAUAAUUGCGUCCGUUUCGGAGCAUCAGCCAACAUCGUGGAGUUCUUUUUACUUUGAUCUCCAGAUUUUAGUAUUCCUGUUUCCAUCGGGUUUAUACUUCUGUUUCUCCAAAUUGACAGAUUCGAACAUUUUUCUCAUUUUGUAUGGUGUUACAAGUCUAUACUUCGCCGGUGUAAUGGUUCGAUUAAUGUUAGUUCUUGCCCCAGUAAUGUGUAUUCUGGGUGGUAUCGGAGCUUCCUCGUUACUUGUCACUUACAUGAAACAAGUGGAGAGAGGGAAAGUUACAGAUAAGAAGGCAAAGAAGUUUGAAAGUAAUUACAUACUCAGGAGUGAGAUCGCAACACUCUUUAUAACAGUAAUGUGUAUUCUCUUCUUUUCGUACACCAUCCACUGUACGUGGGUUACAGCAGAAGCUUACAGUUCUCCUAGUAUCGUAUUAUCGGCACGUUCUCCAGAUGGUAGUCGCAUGAUUUUUGACGAUUUUAGAGAAGCUUACUACUGGUUACGCAUGAACACGCCAGAGAAUGCCAAAGUAAUGUCUUGGUGGGAUUAUGGAUACCAAAUAACGGCAAUGGCGAACCGUACGAUUUUAGUAGACAAUAAUACAUGGAACAAUACUCACAUAUCAAGGGUUGGUCAAGCAAUGGCAAGCUCUGAGGAAAAAGCUUACGAAAUAAUGAGAGAACUAGAUGUUAAUUACGUUCUUGUUAUUUUUGGAGGACUUACGGGCUAUUCGUCAGAUGACAUUAAUAAGUUCCUAUGGAUGGUGCGCAUCGGCGGAAGUACCGAAAAAGGAAAAUCCAUAACAGAAUGGGAUUAUUACAACUCUGCAGGAGAAUUUCGAGUUGACAAAGAAGGUUCUCCGAUUUUGCUCAAUUGUCUUAUGUAUAAAAUGUGUUAUUACAGAUUUGGUCAAGUUUAUACAGAAGGAGGGAAACCUUCUGGAUACGAUAGAGUUAGAAAUAUGGAAAUUGGUAAUAAGGACUUUGAACUAGACAUGUUGGAAGAAGCCUACACUACUGAACAUUGGCUUGUACGAAUUUAUAAAGUGAAAGAUUUAAGAAACAGGGGAAUUUAAAAAAGAAAGAUAUAAACUAAUGACAAAGAUAUUUACCAUUUCAUAAUUUCAUUUGCUUGUAAGUUCUACGAUUGUCUAUGAGACAUCAAUACGGCAUUAAGUACAGAAUUGCAAGACAUAUUUAGGCCUCAUUACAUACAUUAUUUUAGCAAGUACAGUUACAUCGAUUUACUAAACUUUGGAAGUAAUGUUCGUACUGAUUGAAACGAAUAGAGCGGUAUAUUAAUUUCAGUAGCAUUUAUAAGAAUUUACUGAUAUCUGUAACUUAAACAAUGUAUACAUUACGUAUGUAUUCAGGAUAUAGUUUAUCAAAUUGAAUAUUCUUAUAGAUUCAUUUACGUUAAAUUAUUAAAUGGUCUCUGUGUUCAAAGACAAUGAUCAUCUUCGUAACUGCUUCCUAUAUACACACACAAAGUAAUUACAUUUAAUAAAGUAAAUUGAAUAAAAAGUAAUUUUGUUAUUUAUAUUCACUGAGAACUAAUAAUAAUAAUAAAGAUUUAUUUUGUACGCCAUUAAUUACGUGUUCACGCAGAAAAUAAAUUUACAUUAAAAAAGAUCUCUCUGACAAACGAAAUGAUAUAUAGCAUAAACUCGAAAAAUCUGGAUAGUAUUAUGCUAUCUAAAAUAGUACCAGUUGAUUAUAAAGUGAUUUUAAAUCGUAAUGCAUGCAUAUACAUAUACAUAUACAUAUACAUAUACAUGUAUGUAUAUAUA